CAACCCAAAACAUGGCCGAAAUUUGGUGCUGAAUACCUCGGAUUUUCGCGUUCAUAGUUACCGAGUUACAAAGUCACUGCUAAUUAGAUCCUUCCCAUUAUGCCUGCCGGCAAUAGCUAAAUGCCAAAAAUUUGAAUAUUACUCCUUAUUCGUUUAUCGUCGAUCAGCUUGCUAUCCUAUCCAUUAGAACAACAUUGUCAUUCAAAUUUACACAACCGGUGAUUACUCUAGCAAGAACACAAAAUGCUAACCCCUGUCAUUGCUGUAAACAACAAAUCACAAGGCGUUGUUACUGAUAUUCCGUGUCAAAUAUCGGUUUUAUUUAUAUCAAAUUUUAUUUUGGACUCUGUUCGUAACUUCAUACUCCACGUCACCGUGGCUCACGUGGGAUCAUCCGUCAGAGGAGAUCAGUCUCCGCUCGUCCGUCCGUCUUCCGAAGUACAUGUAGCACACACUACAUCAGUUAAUUGAGACGUGAAAGCGACCGGGAAAAACACUGAGGCACAGUGGGGAGGGAGCUAGCGUUAAAUUAAGCCACAGGGAGGCCUGCGCGACUUACUUUAGUGAGGCAACAACAGAAAGGAUACGCAUUUGGUCUUUGUUUCAGCCAUAAUCAGUGUCUCCACGUUUUGCGAUUUCCUUACCAAGAUUGCUGUUUGUCAUCAUUGCUGAGAAGCUCGUGAUCAACAAAAGCAAUGUAGAGUCUGUUGGGAUAGAUUAAUAUUCAAUUUUGUGAUCUCGUUAUCAGACUUGCGGUCAACAUCGGUCGCGCCAGCUUUGCUACGUUUGGUGCAAAGUUGAAUACUCAAGACAUCAGUUCGCGGGCAUAUUUGAACAAUUACCUUCGAUCAACUCAACAGUCCAAGAAGCUCUUCGAAUUUCGGACUGGCACCACAUUAUCGUGUACUUAUUUCCUUCGAAAUAGGAUUGCACACAGACUAAAACGGUCUCGACAUGAAUUCGUCGGGUUUCCCCGAACUUGUUACUGCCAUGAAUAGCAGCAACGUAAGCGAGCCAGGAGGACAGCAAUUUCAUUUCUACGUCGAACCGUUUUCCUUGCAGCUUGUGCGAUUUAUUUUAGACGCCGUAAUUUUCGUGGCUGGCGUCCUAGGCAACGGUCUGGUGUGUGUUGUGGUGGUUAAAGAACGUCUUCAUCGUUCUCUCGCCUACUGUUUAAUUCUAAACUUGGCUAUCAGCGAUUUAGGUAUCCUCCUGUUUAGCCUUCCAUUUGGCGUGUUACGCACAGAGGAUGUCACCUGGCCGUUUGGAGAGUUUGGCUGCAAGGUGCUUUACCCGUUGAGUGAUGUUUUUCACGGUGUUUCCAUCGCCAGCAUCACUGCCAUAGCCGUUUUUCGAUACCGUGGGAUCAUUUCCGGGCACGGUUUGAGCCAAAAGGAGACCAUGAAAACAGUCAAGGUUGUCAUUUUGUUAAUGUGGCUCCUGUCCUUUUUGCUGUUCGUGGUGCCGUUAUUCUUUGUCAUGAACUACGCGGAAAAUGGAAGCCGUGCAGUCUGUCACCCCCAGUUUCCGAGUGUCACUUUCUACAAGCUGUACCAAGGGGAGACAGUGUUGUUAACUUAUAUUUUACCUCUGGGUAUAAUCCUCUUCACCUAUCUUCGUAUACGAAGACGUUUGAACGAGAGCAUCGCCUUACACAGCCACAUUCGUCGAGAGUCUCACCAGCGUCCUUCCUCCUCAUCAGCGGGAGGAAGCCGCCGCGCAAGUGACCGCAACUACAAAGCGCUUAAAAUUUUAACGCCAGUUGUUCUGGUCUUCUUCGUUACACUGUUGCCGUACAAUGUUUUUCGCGUGGUAGACAUCUUCCAGGACACUUCGAAGUUUGAGUAUUUGUUGUUUUUUUUCAAAGUAUGCAUCCUGUUUUUUGUCUGCAACAGCUCAGCUAAUCCUCUCAUUUAUGCUUUGUUCAGCGAGGAGUUCCGAAAGGCUUUCAAGUGGCACAUAAAGCAUUGUUCUUCAUCGGGGAAACGUUCCAGGCUUUUUUCCCUAUCAGAAAAAGUAUCCUCAUUCCGCCGCGCUAGAUCUUUUUUCGCCCGUACUAGUGCGCGUGGUAAAGAGCGAGGUAGUUUGUCGGCUUCCGACGUUUUCGUGUAGGGGACAAUUUAGAUUUUUUUAUUUUUUUCGCGAAGAAAAGUUACCUCAUAUUUCGUGAUGUUUACUAUAGCUGUUUAAUGCAUAAUUUCCUUUAGAAAGGAGUCAUGUCUUGGGGUGUUCCAUUUUUAAAUUGGAUUUUGAUAAUGGAUUUUAAAGCGCUUUAAUGUAUCUCCUACCGUGAGCGAAUGCGUCGAUGGAAGAAGCGGAUAUCUAAACACGAAACAAUGUACUGUCAACAAAAUUGUAACGACAAAUAGUUCCUUUGAUUUCUGGUAUACGUCUGCCACUCUCGUUUUAAAAUAAUUUGCAAGUUAUUUAUUUACGAAAAAGGCAUCUCUGAGGGCGGUAAACUUUGAGAAUUUGCAUCAAAAGCUGGUAAUAACAGCACAAAAGAGACAAUGAAAGCUUAGACGCAAUAGAUAGAUGCUGAAGGUUACUUAUUAAUCAUAAAAACGUCGAACUUGUUGAUGACUUGUGCGUUAAAACAAGUUUCUUUUAUUUAACAGAGGUUUAAUUACCUCUAUCCGAAAGAGUGUCAUUUUGUCACCUGUUUUCAGUCUUUUCUCUAGGGAUUAUUGAAAACUCUCCUUUUCUCCCGUCAAUUUCGGGAAUGGGCACUCUUCUAGGGAAAUGUGUUUUAAGUAUUCAUUGUAUUGUAAGACUGAUUCUGACAUGGUAUAGUGAUGUUUAAACAAUAAGUGCCCCUCAUGAAUGGACAUCUUUCUUUUGCUUUUCCCUUUCCAGUCGGAGACUCCAAUCUCAUACAUUUUGACUCGUUGUUCUUAACAUAGUCAAGCCCAUUCACGGCGCAUACCGUAAAAUGUACUUUUUGAGUAAUCUUAUUAAAACUUACCGAAAAAUUUCGAUUUACAACAUG